UCCGGACGGUCGCCGAGGAGCUGCAGGUGCCCAGGUUAUGCUCAGUGCUCUGGUCCAUAGACUGCUUUGAGAAGCAAAGUCCUAGAGCAGUGGUUCCCAGCCUCUGCUGAACGUCAGAACCACCUUGGGAGCUGUAUGCUCUGGUUUUGCCAGAGAACAUCGAUAUGAAGAAAAUUGAGUUUCCUAUCUCCUUUACGUGUCUACUGCCUUCUUCUAGGCCAGGGAUCCCCAACCCCUGGGCCGUGAACCGGUACCGGGCCGUGGCCUAUUAGGAACUGGGCCGCAGAGGUAUAAUCACUUCAAGCCUCCAGGAUGGCCAUCCAAUUCCGUUCACUUUUCCCCUUGGCAUUGCCUGGAAUGCUGGCACUUCUCGGUUGGUGGUGGUUUUUCUCUCGUAAAAAAGAGCACGUCCGCAGCCGCAGCACACGAGUGGAGGCCGGUGGUGUGGAGCUGAGGGCCAGACCUGCCGUUGAGGAACCUGUUCCUGUGGCAGAUGAUUGUCCUGGAGUAGUGUCCACAUCCUUCUCUGUCACCCAGACACCAGAAAAGGAGCCGGCCACCGAAAGCAAGCCUCGUGCAGAGCUGUCAGCCUUCUGGGCACAUCCAGCCUGUCUUAGUUCAGAGUCCUCAGGCAGUCUUCCUAACACCAUGGACACAAGAUUUCAACCAGGAACACGCAAAGACGACAGCACAAGGGUGGAAGUAGCCCCGAGGGGUGACGAAGACAAGUCUGUUCUAGAGUGCUCCCUUCCGUCCCCAAAGGCUGUUCCGUUCCCCCACAAAGCGGCUGAGGUGUGUAAGCAUGAGGCAGGGCAGGGCCGGCAAGGCCAGUCUGCAGCCCCCAUGGAGAAGCAUGGCCCUGGGGAGAAGGCGAGAGAGACUGGUGGGGCCGAAGGCACUGGCGACGCAGUGUCGGGAGAAAGUGUGCUGGAAGAAGGUGUGCUGUCCCAGGAGCGUGGCUGUGAAUUGCAGUGCAGCAGGGUGCCCAGCCUGGCUCCCUUGGGAGGAGGGGGAGAGGAAGGGAAGAGCAGCCUGCCUCAGGUGGAAGGGGAGACAGUAGAGAAGUUGCUGAGUGGCCUCACUGAAUCGGCUCACGUGGAGCUGGCCAAGGACGACGAGACGCUGGCAUCCCGCGUCAGAGGUGGCAGAGCCUGGGACGGAGAUGUGUUAGAACUGGGCAAAGAGGAGACCUUGGAUGAAAAUGAGGAGAUUGAGCAGGCUGCCUUCCAGAUCAUCUCCAAAGUGAUCUUGGAGGCGACUGAAGAAGUGCUGGCCACCACCAUGGGCAAGAUUGCCGGCCGCAUGUGUCAGGCCUCAGGCGGUCAGCUCCAAGGGCAGAAGGAGGAGAGCUGUGCCUCAGUUAGCCAGGAAACUGCCUUAGGGCAAGGUGCCGUGGAGCCUACUCUGGCCACAGUGGAGGUAGCCUCGGGCCAGUCAGAUGCUACACUUCCCUCACCAUACCUACCAGCAGAGGACCUGCCACCACCAAAGACCUAUGUGAGCUGCCUGACCAGUCCUCUGUCCAGCCCCAUCAAGGAUGGGAAGCCAAAGAACUCUGUGCACCACAUCUCCCUGGCCCCCUCUUCACCACCGGCUGUCCCCCUCGGAGGUUCACUGGACAGUGCAAGUGUCCUGGCGGAAGACGCCUGCAUGUCUGACAACAGCCAGAGUGUGUCUUCGGUGGCCUCCUCUGGACAGUGCUCAGAUUCCAUUAGCACUUCAGGGCUUGAAGACUCUUGUACAGAGACCAACUCUAGCCCCAAGGACAAGGCUACCACCUUGCUACUGUCGGAAAGUACUGUGCCCUUUAGCAAUGGGGUGCUGAAGGGGGAGUUGUCAGAUUUGGGGACUGAGGAUGGAUGGACCGUGGACGCAGAAGCAGAUCAUUCGGGAGGUUCCGACGGGAACAGCAUGGAUUCAGUGGAUGGCUGCUGUGGCCUCAGGAAGACUGAUGGUUUCCAGAAUGCCCAGGCGAGCUCCAGUCCUAAGAAGGUUGACCUCAUUAUUUGGGAGAUUGAGGUGCCAAAGCACUUAGUUGGUCGGCUAAUCGGCAAGCAGGGGCGAUAUGUGAGUUUCCUGAAGCAAACAUCUGGUGCCAAGAUCUACAUCUCAACCCUGCCUUAUACCCAGAACAUCCAGAUCUGCCACAUAGAAGGUUCUCAGCAUCAUGUAGACAAGGCGCUGAACUUGAUUGGCAAGAAGUUCAAGGAACUGAACCUCACCAAUAUCUAUGCUCCCCCACUGCCUUCACUGGCACUGCCUUCUCUUCCAAUGACUUCCUGGCUCAUGCUCCCGGAUGGGGUCACUGUGGAGGUGAUCGUAGUCAACCAGGUCAGCGCCGGGCACCUGUUUGUGCAGCAGCACACGCACCCCACCUUCCACGCUCUGCGCAGCCUGGACCAGCAGAUGUACCUCUGCUACUCUCAGCCUGGAAUCCCCACCUUGCCCACCCCGGUGGAAAUAACGGUCAUCUGCGCUGCCCCUGGCGUGGAUGGUGCCUGGUGGCGAGCCCAAGUGGUGGCCGCCUAUGAGGAGACCAGUGAGGUCGAGAUUCGCUACGUGGACUAUGGUGGAUAUAAGAGAGUGAAAGUAGACGUGCUCCGGCAAAUCCGGUCUGACUUUGUGACCCUGCCAUUCCAGGGAGCAGAAGUCCUCCUGGACAGCGUGAUGCCCCUGUCAGAUGAUGACCACUUCUCACCUGAAGCGGAUGCAGCCAUGAGCGAGAUGACAGGAAAUACAGCACUACUGGCUCAGGUGACAAAUUAUAGUCCAACUGGCCUUCCUCUGAUUCAGUUAUGGAGUGUGGUUGGAGAUGAAGUGGUGUUGAUAAACCGGUCGCUGGUGGAGCGAGGACUCGCUCAGUGGGUGGACAGCUACUACACUAGCCUCUGACCCCACCCCCCACAGACGCUGGAGUCUUUUUUGCACUGUUGAAAUUGGGCUUGGCACUCAAGGCAAAGACUUUACAUCAGAAUAACAAAUGUUGUCCUCAGAAAGUCCUUUUUUUCACGUUGAGAAGAUGGUUCGUCUCUAAGAACAAGGAAGGAGCUGUGGGUUCUUUCAAAGCCAUAGGAUGGUGUUUUAACAAGCCAGUCGGCUUAGCCUGGUUCUGAGCUGUUAAUUAUCUGCACCAGGUUGUCCUAUCCCCCUUCCUUUUAUUCCUCUCUUCUUCCUUCCUCCCCUACCCCAAACCAAACCAACGGUAGCAGACAGGCCGAGGGAUGUGUUGCUUGCUUGAGAGGGUUUCUUCCUUUGCUUCAAAAUCUUUCUUCAGGGAGCAAGACAUGAACUGACUAAUUGGUAUCAAUUACUUGUACAGCUUACAUAAAUGAAUUUAUGAUACUUAGCCAGUUUUUAUAAACUUCACCUAGGUCUCUAAGAAGGCAGACUUUUUAAAGCUUAUGUAAAUACAAAGCAAUCAAACCUCCAGCCUUGGUCAAUGGGGGAAGGGAUGUUCUCGCCAAGCCUGGUUGUAAUUUGUAACCAUUUUCUAUUUGUGCAAACUCUGUAAAUAUAUGUUUAAAAGAUGUAAUAUUUUGUACAAGAUACACUGGAGAACAAAGGGAACUCAAGCUUUUUCCACAGCCCAUGUCAUCUGUGAGCAGAAGUUACUUCCGCGGAGUGCAGCUGCCCACGCCAGCUCGCGCUGCGGGCUGCGGGCUCCCGUUGCGUCCUACGUACUGAACAGGGUGACUGUAUAAUAUAGAUUGUGAUCCAGGGAUUUUUUUUUUUUUUUCUGUACAAAUUUGUUUAAAAAAAAAAAAAAGCAACUCAUUGAAUUACCUUGCAAUGGUGUGUUUGAUUCUUUUUUAGACCGGUUCCAGCAUUGUGCAAUUUAAAAUAAGUAACGUAAGCUUAUAUAAAUCUUGAAUUGUAUACAUUAUAGAUAGCUUUGAGUUCAUUCGUUGCAUGGUGAAAAAGAUUGGGGAGGGAAGAGGAGGAUCGUGAGUGCGGUGUGCUGGAGGGUCGAUCUCAAGGAGACGAUGGCUCUUUGAUUUUGGCCAGAAGUUUCCAUCUGGCAGUGGAGCUUCCUCUGGAUUCCUCCCGCGACUAUCUCAAAUAGCUAGCUUGAGUUUAAAGCACUGGUUUCCAAAAUUCUUCGUGCAUUCUUAAUAGAUGUAUGAAGUUAUUUAAUUUAUUGCAGUGGUAAGAAUGCUAUAUAAAAUACACAUACAUUUACAUGGUGAGAGCAGAUACUAAAUGUUGACUUACCUCUUCUUACAGGCAGGGUCAGGCCUCUUAGACCAGGCCUCUGAGCCUCCAAGCUGACCUAGCCUUUCAGGGUUCUCUAGAGAGCUGAGAUGGCCCGAGGGCCUUUCACACCAAAGGAAUCCCUUCCCAGAGCUGUGGACAAUAAGUGGCGAAAAGCCUAGGUUUUUCCCUCAUCUGUAGGAUCAGAUAGGAAUGCUACCUCAGAAGGCAAGGACGUGAAAUCACGGAAGCAUCCCCUGCUUGUGCAGAGUUGGCCCUCGCGAGUUCUCAUGUAUUCUUAGCUGCCCGUAGUCCAAGUCUCAGUGGUAAUUGGGUGCGACUGGCCAAGUCAUGUUACACCCAGAUCUCAGUUUGUAUCGCUGGAGUGGGAAAAGGGUGUAUGGGAGCCUUCAAGCUAGUUUGGAGAGCUCCAAAGCCUGGUGUACAGAUUUGGCUUUUAUUUUUGGCAGCCAUUGAGAGGUUUUAACGGAGGAGGAACCACGUGAUUCUGGUGCAGGGAGGAGGAUGGGGGAGGUGGAGAAGCAGAGACCAAAGCCAGUAUGGUCCAGACAGGUGGCUUCCUCUCGGAUGGCUCCUCCAUGACAAGUGAUGUGGUCAGGGUUCUUAGAUCAAGCCUCCAGGAUUGAGCGGGUCGGGGAGAGCAGUGAGGAUGAGGAAGUGGGCUGCUCUUGUAUCUCUCAGGUCUCAUCUGAACCUUCUGGGGUGGUCCGCUAAACGAGAUUUGGUGCAUGGGAGGAAAAGUGAGUUGGAGGUUGGUAAAAGGCUUGCAUUGUACCCUUUGAACAACUCUUCUCAAAUUGUUGGCUUUUGAUCAAUUUCCAGAGUUCUGAAAAAGUUGAUUCUGACCAUUUUGCCAGUAAUCUUGUUGCUUUUAUGGAGGAACAGAUUUAUAGAGGUCUGGCUGCGCCAUUCCAGGCCAGUACGUUUUAGACUUGUUCUUUGAAUUAAUUACCUGUGAGCCAUCACAGAAGCUGGCACUGCGGAGAUUUGGUGAUUUGCCCCGGGGUGUUGGGGAGAGAGAUGGGAUGCUGAGUGCAGGAGGCUAGAGUUUCUAGCCUGUUUUUCCUUCAGCUUGUGCAUGACUUCUCCUCAGGUCCUUGGGCCCCUGCCAGGUGCAGGAGGGGUGACUGGUCCUAGUAGGGGGGCUGGGUUCUGGGGUUCUGCUAUACAUACAGUCUUAGGCCAGUUAGAGGUUAUCUCUAACCAUCCCAGGCUUAAGGUAAAACAAGAUUAAUAGCCAGGGUUAUGGACUGUUUACUGUGUCCGAUGCUGUGCUGUUUGUAGGUAAUACUUGGUCCCCAGUGAGGCAGGGAUCGACCUUGGAGAUAGAAGGUGGUGACUUUAGAAGGUGGUUUUUGGAAGGAACAGAUCUGAGCCUCAAAGCCAGGUUUUGCCUUGUUUUCUUAACCAUGGCCCCUGAAGCCACAAGAGGAAGGUGGUGCCGUGUUCCAUCCACCAGAUAAAUGCCACAGUGCUUCAACGAUCAGCCCCUAGGAAAGUUUGACACUUAGAAUGAAAAAAAGACUGCGACAGGAGAGAUCAGUUAUUUUGCCUAUAUGAAAAAUUAAAGUUUGAUGUACACAAAGCCAGGAGAAACUUGUAGCAUCUAAACCAAAAGUGAACAUUUUUAACCUACGAUGAUCUAAAAGGAAAACUUCGUCUCCAUUGGAAAAUGUCGGAAAGGAUAUGGGCAGAAAAUAGGAAAUCUGGGUCUGUUUCUCGGCCAGCGCUGCCCAAUAGAAAUCCAUGAGCCAUCUGUGUAAUUGAAAAUUUGCUAGGAAAAAGAAACAUGAAAUUAAUAAUAGUUUAUUUAACCCAAUAUCUCAUUUCACAUAGACAUAAAAAAAUAUUAACAUUUUACCAUGUCUUUGAAAUCCAGUGUGUAUGUUUCAUACUUCAGCCUGUUUCAAUUCAGACUUAUCACAGUUCAGGUGCUCCGUAGCCACAGGUGGCUUGGGACAACCAAACCAGACAGCACAAGACGAGGCUAUUCCUUGGAUCACCAUUGCACAACUACUAACAGCCUUAUACAUAUUCUUCCUUACUUUAUUCCAAAAGUUCUAGGUGUUUUUGCACAUUUUUCCAGAUGAAUUUCAGAAUGAUUUUUUUGGGGGGGUUGGGGAAUGGCUCAUUAUAAAUGUUCUACUAACAUUUGAAAAUAAUGUAUAUUGUUGGUUUGGUAUAAAGCUUUUAUGUAAUCAUUAAAUUGGGCUUGUAAAUUAUUCAGAUCUAUUGUUUUUUGCCCCCUUCAUUCUUUUUUUUUUUUUGCCUGUACUCUGUCCAUAUCUAAGAAAAGCACAUUAAAUGAUUCUAAUAUUGU